UCAUCAGCCACCAUGGUGAACUGAAGAGCCCAGGCCCCGGCCCGUGUGUUAAAUUAAACAAAGGCCACUAGACCCACGGGGCUCUGAUGCCUUGGUGCUGAUGUGAAUAAGCCCGGAGGGAGCCUGUAAAGGCCUCAAGGUUAAGGUUACCGAAUCGAAAUGUAAAAACAACCAAUCGGAGACAGCCAACUAGGCUUCAGGCUGUAGCCAAUUAACCAUCUGGCUUUGCAUCAGCAUUUUCUGUGUACAGGUCUCUCCCGGAGCUCCUGUCCCGCCCCAAACUCUUCCAGUUUAGUACUUCUCCACUGGAAUCAACUUGUGCUCAAAUGAACUUAGAAAAGCUCAAUAUAGCCCAGUUUAUCUUUAACACAUCUAAAGGGGUCGGUUGCCUCUUAGAUCUGGUCAGUUGUGGAAAUGAUGGCUUCCUAUCUGAUUUCUCAAGCAUCAUCAUAGAUCCCUGGUGCUGAUACCCAUCGGGCAGACGCUGGCCACCCGGGUGCGGAUGGCAGUCCUUCCGUGGCCGCCUCUGGCUCCUGAGGGAGGGAAUCGACAGUCACCCCUGCUGCUGGCCCCUGUGGAAAGAGACCCAGCGCCUCAUACAUCCCAUGGGAGCAACCCGCAACUACCCCUGGUCCCAGGGGGCUGGAGGGACCACCUGGAGGCUGCAGGCCACGUGUGUAUUCUGAAAGAUGCCUCCGACUUGGAAAGCUCGUCCGAAAUCGCCAAGCUCAUCGAGGCCGAGAGCCUGGAGGCAGCACUGGCCCUUCAUCUGUACAGAGGAGGCAGACUUCUGCAAGGUCACGGGAUUCCCUUUGGAAUCAUCUUCGGUGGAACCGAUUUAAAUGAAGAUGUUAACCAUGGAGAGAAGAAGAAAGUGAUGGGGAAAGUCCUGGAAGAAGCCAGAUUUGCCGUCGCCUUCACGGAGUCAAUGAAGGAAAUGGCACAAACACAGUGGCCGCAUGCUAGGGGUAAGAUCUAUGUCCAGAGUCAAGGAAUCGUGACAGGACCAAACUCUGCCUUUAACUGGAACACCUUUCUUCACCAGUCAGGGAUUAACCAAAGUGCUGAUAAUUUACACAUCUUCCUCCUGGUGUGUGGGCUGAGACAAGUGAAGGACCCUCUCUAUCUGGUGGACGCAUUCUCAGAAUGGCAUCGAGAAGAGCCUAAUGUUUACAUGGUGAUCGUGGGUCCUGAAGUGGACCCAGUGUUUACAAGGGAAGUGGGAGCCAGAGUAAAGAGUGCUGCGGGCGUGCGGCUGAUCCGAGAGAUGCCCCAGGGGGACCUACACGCAGCGCUCAAGAACUGCUUCGCGGUGGUGAACAGCUCAGUCUCCGAGGGCAUGUCUGCGGCCAUCCUGGAGCUGCAGGGAGCAAAACAGCAUUCCCUGGGAUUUUCGGAAGCCGGUUUUAAGUUCUACGUGGGACUUAACACCAUUUCCUGUCUCUUGGACGUUUGUCCUUGCCAGCUACAAAACAAGACAAAACUCGGUGGCCUCUCUGAGCCGCUAAAUCUCUGUGAUGGGAAGGCGCUGACUUGAGUUCGGGUGUCGGAGUCCUAGCCCCCAGAAUGCAGUCUCUUCUGGAGAUGGGGCCUCUACAGAGGUGGUCACACGAAGAUGAGUGGUUAGGGUGGAGCCCAAGCCACCACGCCGGGUGUCCUCGUGAGAAGAGGCCAUCUGGACAGACAGGUGCACACGGAGACAGGGAGAAGAUGGCAUCUCAGAGCCAAGGAGGGAGGCCUGGACCAGAUUGAUCCUUCCCACACCCUCGGAAGGAACUGACCCUGAACCUUGAUCUCAGACUCCCCACCUCUGGAAUUGCGACAGCACAUCCCGCAUGGCUUAAGCCGCCCUGCUGCCGUGCUGUGUUAGCCCUCGCACACCACUGCGGUGGGAGGGGUGCCCGACCUCGACGCUAGGCAUUGUGGGGAGCUGCACCCAUCGGGAUCCAGGGGAAGAGGGACACAGCAGGACGACUAGUGGGGCCCCGAGAACCAAACGCAUUCCUGCUUCCUGCCUGAUUCUAAGCUGCUUUCCUUCCGGGAGGGAUGGUGGGGCUUUUACAGAAAACAAGUGUCCCCACCAGGCUGUGUAGCUGCAUCCUACCUCGAUCCUGUGUGCUCCUCGACACUGGGGAACACGCCUGUCCUGUGACCUCACCUGUUCCCGACCAAGGCAAUCUCCAGUAAGCGCUGUUUUUGUACGGCCAGGACAAGGCAUUAAAGAAAGAUAAAGCCACAACAUUUAUCACCGGACUGAAAACGAAGAAGUUUCCGAGAUAAAGAAAAACUCAUUAAUUUGUGUUCAGUGACAUCACCAGCCGUACACACAGCAUUUUAUCGGAUUUAGUACGGUAACAGUAAAAAGUUAGCAACAAAGUAGUCGCUUACUGUGCAAAUAAAUUUAUUGACAAACGAUAUUUGGGCAUGCGUUUUACAGAUUGUUAUCCUGGGCUUUUGUUCUGGACUGUGGGGCCCACUCUGAAUAUAGUGAGAGGUAUUUCACACUGUGUCUUUUUUAAAUGCUUCUUUAAUACAACAAUUUUAUUGAGCUAUAAUCCACAUAAUGAGCGUGUACAUUAGUUCACUCAUUUAAAGCAUCAGUUCAUUCCAAGUGUGCAGAUUCAGUAGCUCUUAGUCUAUUUGCAAGUUGUGAGCCAUUAGCAGCUUUAGAAAAUUUUCAUCGCCUCCCCCCCACCCCAAACAUUGCACACAUCAUCAGUCACUCACCGUUUCCCCAGCAUCCCCUGCCCCUACACCAAGCCCAGCCUGAGACAACCACUGGUCUGCUCUCUGGUGUCACAGAUUUGCCUCUUCUGGACAUUUCUUAUAAAGGGAUCCGACAACACGUGGGCUUUUGAGACCUGCUUCCAUCACCGACACGAUGUCAUGUUCUAGGAUGUGUGGGUAGCUCCUUCCUUUUCACUGCUAAACGCACCAUGGUAGGAACACACCGCGUGUACAGGUCCACGCACCGGCUGAUGGACGUCUGGGUGGUUUGCACUUUUUGGCCGUUAUGAAUGCUGCCGCUGUGGACACCUGUGUACAGAACUAUCUGCUUGACCACGUGGUUCCACUUCUCUUGGGUUUACAUCCAGGGUGGAGCUGCUGUCCCUUCGAGGAGGAGACAGUCUGUCUUCCAAAGUGGCUGCAUCAUCUCAUAUCCCACCAUCAGGCCAUGGGGAAGAUCCAGGUCCUCCACACCCUCGUCAACGUGUUACUGUCUUGUUGGCGACAGCCGUCCUAUGCUGUGUGACAUGGUCGCACGUUGUGCACUUGACCCGUGAUUCUCUAUAGAUGAAGGAUAUUGAGCAUCUUUUCGGGCGUUUGUUGUCCUAUUUAUAUCUUCUUUGAAGAAAUCCCUUCUCAAAUCUCUUGCCCAUGUUUUAAAACAAUUUUUUUUAACAUUUGUUCAUUUUUGAGAGAGAGAGAGAGACAGAGACAGAGAAUGAGUGGGGGAGGGGCAGAGGGAGAGAGGGAGGCACAGAAUCUGAAGCAGGCUCCAGGCUCUGAACUGUCAGCACAGAGCCUGAUGUGGGGCUUGAACUCAUGAACCUCGAGAUCAUGAGCUGAACCUAAGUUGGACACUUAACCAACUGAGCCACUCAGGCGCCCCUCUCUUGCCCAUUUUUAAAUUGGGUUAUUUCGCUCAUUAUUGAGUUGUAAGAGUUCUUUAUAUAUUAUAGAUACAAGUCCCUUACCAGAUAGAUGCUUUACAAAUGUUUUCUCCCAUUCUAUGGGUUGUCUUUUCAUUUUCUUAAUGGUUUCCUUUGAAGUUCAAAAACUUAAAAUUUUUAUCAAGUCCAAUGUAUCUACGUUUGUUGUUAUUACUGUUGCUUGCGUUUUUGGUGUCAUAUCUAAGAUUGCUUGCCUAAUCCAAGGUCUCAAAGAUUUACUCUUGUAUUUUCUUCUAGGAGUUUAUGAGUUUAGCUCUUCCAUCGGGUUGAUGAUUCAUUUUGAGUUAAUUUUCAUGUAUGGUCUAAGAAAAGGGUCCAAGUUUAUUCUUUUGCUUGUGUAUACUAUAAUUUUUAUUCCAAACUUUAAUAUAAUUUACUUUCUUUCCAGCUUCCUAGUUCCUAAGGGCACCUGUUAUUUAUUUGGGAUUUGGGGGUUUGGAAUGCAGUCUUGAGCUCUGGGACAUGUAGUUUUGCUGUGUGAAUCUUACUGAUUCAGGUAGAGAAACCAUCAGCAACCUUAAUCUU